CAGAGGCACAGGCGGCGGCGGCGGGCGCGGAGGUCCGCGGGGCUGCAGCGGCUCCAGCGGCUCGGGCGGCCCCGGCUCCGGAGGGAUGGGCGGGCGGCCGCUCUCGGGGCGCCCGGGGCGCGCGACGUGACCGCCUGGACUCGGAGCCCGGCCGCGCCGGGUCGAGGGUCUGCUCGGGGAGGCGCGGACGCGGGGCCGGCGGCAGAGCCGUAGCCAGAGCAUGCGGGGCGCGGCUUGGGCGGGGGGGCGCUCGGGGCAGCUGUGGCCGAGGCCCCCCGCCCCGGGCCCGCCGCCGCCGCCGCUGCUGCUGCUCCUAGCCGUGCUGCUGGGCGGCGCGGGCGCGCAGUACUCGAGCGACCUGUGCAGCUGGAAGGGAAGCGGGCUGACGCACGAGGCCCACAGGAAGGAGGUGGAACAGGUGUACCUGCGCUGCUCUGCGGGCACCGUCGAGUGGGCCUACCCGACGGGCGCACUCAUCGUGAACCUGCGGCCCAACACGCUCUCGCCCUCCCGGCCCCUGACCCUGUGCAUCAAGCCCCUCAGGAACUCCUCGGGGGCCAGUAUUUAUCUGGAAAAGACUGGAGAGCUGAGACUGCUGCUGCGGGACGGGGACCCCGGGCCCAGCCGGGCACCCUGCUUCGGCUUGGAGCAGGGCGGGCUGUUCGUGGAGGCGACGCCCCAGCAGGACAUCGGCAGGAGGACCACGGGCUUCCAGUACGAGCUGACCAGCCGGCGCGCGGGGCCGGACCUGCAUGGCCUGUCGGCCCCGUGCCGUCCGUGCAGCCACACGGAGGUGCUCCUGGCGGUCUGCACCAGCGACUUUGUCGUCCGAGGCUCCAUCCAGGACGUCACCCACGAGCCGGAGCGGCAGGAGUCGGUGAUCCACCUGCACGUGAGCCGGCUGUACCGGCAGAAGAGCAGGGUCUUCCGGCCGGCCCCUGGGGGCGGCGGCUGGCGGGGCCGCGUGUCCACACUGCUGGAGUGCGGCGUGCGACCCGGGCGUGGCGAGUUCCUCUUCACUGGCCACAUGCACUUUGGGGAGGCCUGGCUUGGCUGCGCCCCGCGCUUCAAGGACUUCCAGAGGGUGUACAGGGACGCCGAGGAGAGGGGCCUGAACCCCUGCGAGGUGGGCACGGAGUGAGCGCCGGGUGCCCGGCGCUCAGGCUGCAGAGGUCGCGGCUGAGGACUCCCCGACUGACCUGUUGGGAAUGCUGUAACAUGCAAACUAAGUUAUUAUAUUUUUUUAAAAAGAAAUGUCCAUGGGAAGCAAACCCCGUGUCGUAAAGUGCUUUCGGAUGCCGUCUCGUGCCGUCUCCUGAAGCAUCUGGGCCACUGGUUCGGCCUGCGUGUCGGGGGAGUGUGGGCUGUGGCCUGCAGCAGACGCCCGACUCCAGGCGUGGGCACCGUCCAGCGCUCUUUCUAAUGGAAAUGCAUGGGGCUCCUGCCUAUGGUUUCUUCAUUCUGCUUUUGCUUUUUAAAGGAUGUACGUUGCCAGCCGUGGUCCUUUGGGGGCUGCAGGGAAUAAAGAGCAGCCUCUGACGGA